GUCUGGUUCCAGUUCUUGAGUUCCAGUUCCAUAUUAACUUGCUUCCAUCACUGCACACAGCAGACAAGACAAGAUUCUUCUUUUUUGAUCACAAAAAAAUCCACAAUGUUUGUAAACUUCUCUCUACCAAUGACUGCAGCAGUGACACUGGCAUAUCUGGUUAUAGCACAAGACGCAGAUAUAGAACCUGCACGGAUGUAUAGCUCUACUUCACGUGUUACAGUAGGCCAAGAUUUUGACCUGAGGUGCAGCAUGUAUGGAUUAACGAAAGGAAACGAGCAAGUGUUUGUUUACCUCCUCAAGAAUGGAGUCGGCCAACAAAGGGUCACAACCAAAAACUGUGACGUCUAUUUCACAAUCAAAAGUGCCACACUGAACCAUACAGGGAACUACAGCUGUGUGUUCUCAAGGAAUAGCUAUCAACCUGCUACAGUCCAGCUAGUGGGAGACAUGCCAGUCUUCAUCAAAGUGAUGGAUUAUUUACACCCCGCGAUAAUUGCAGUAGAUGACAGCAAGGUAAGUCAAGGGGCAGCGGUGGAAUUCAGGUGUACUUCAGAGGAGAGUCCAGACACAGACAUCCUUCAUGCGUACCUCUGCAAGAAUCAGCGCAUCACUGAUGUGAAUAUAUGGGAUUCUGUGAAGAAACAAGCUCGUUUUCAUAUGGCAAGAGUCCAGGUAGAUGACUCAGGCAACUACAGCUGUGUGCUGUCACAGAGAUUGCUGGCUGCAACGGAAUUGCACAUGUGUGGAAGAAAUGCAGUACUCCUGCAGGUUCAAGAUACACACCCAGCGGUGAUAGUUGUCAAGUCUGAGCAUAAUUCACAAUGCAAUGACAACCUCUCUCGGAUACUGUGCUCUGUUGGAGUGGUUAUGAUAGGAGCUGUGGUUAUUCUGGCCAGUAGUCGUAUUUGUCAACGAAAAGAUGUGUGUGAGGCACAAGAUGAGCCACCCUGUGUGAGCAUCCCCAUGGCAUCCCUAACGGUUCCCAUCAGUGGUGUAGUGGUGAAGUAAGAGAGAUGGAUAAACUGAUUUUACUUGCGUAGACUCCACUACGUUCCUUCCUGGUUCCCAUGGUCUCCCUGCCAGCGAGGACUUUAGUGCUCCACAUGCAAAUACACAUUUAUAAUAUACGUGUGUGUGUGUGUGUGUGUGUGUGUGUGUGUGUGUGUGUGUGUGUGUGUGUGUGUGUGUGUGUGUAUUUGUGCCUGUAUGUCUCUGUUGGCCUCAAUGUGACAUUGUGAGUGUUUUGUGAUUCUAUAGUCUGUAAGAUAGCCAGUAGUGUGUAAAAUAUGCAGUUUCUUAUCAUCAGUAGGCUUUGAAACAUUUGUGUAUGUGUUGCAUGGAUUUCACAUUUCUCCAUUGUAAACUUUAGCACUAAUAGUGAUUUUCUAACUAUGUUAGCUAUCUUGAUGCUGAAAUAUUACAUUUUAAAGCUGCAGUUGGCAAGUCUGGUACAUCAAGAUGUAGGGUCUGGGAACUCACCAUAGGCAGGGCUCAAUCAGAGGGGUGGGAAAAAACAGCUACAACCAAUCAUCUUCUUGUUUUGAAGUCGUAUGGGUAAUUCACGUUAAACGGUCACAGGUCAGUUAGCUGACUUCGCAGAGAGGCCUAGAUCUAUUGGCAAACGUGUAUAUCCUGGUUGGUGGACAGCCCUGUGCCCAGCUAACAGCCCUGUGCUUAUUGGGCCAGAAGAACCGGUAACGGUGGAUUUUUUCAAAACUAACAGGCUCUAGGUGGCUAGUUUUUUUUCUCUGAAACCGGUUGAUUUAUGUUGUUCUAUCGGAGCGUACUAUCUGUUUCAGUGAAUACGAUCACAAAUAUCUUGCCAACUGCAGCUUUAAUAUUGCUGAAUGUGAAUUCAGCAGGCUAAAAUAGCUUAAAGAUUGUCAAAUGAACCGUAUAUUUGACACAAUUGUUCCUUUUUUUCAAAUACCUGUUUUUUCCGUUAAAAAUUGUUAAAAAUAAAAAUUGUGCACUUA